UGUCGUAUUAUUUGCCUGAUUACAGUGAUGCCGAUUAGUUGCCUGAUUACUGUGAUGCCGAUUAGUUGCCUGAUUACAAUGAUGCCGAUUAUUUGUCUGAUUACAGUGAGAGGUCCUAUUAGUUGCUUGAUUACAGUGAUGUCCUAUCAUUUGCCUGAUUACAGAGAGGUCCUAUUAGUUGCCUGA